UGACAUUUGAUUUGUGUCACAACACAAUAGUAGAAAAACAUAUUUUCAUUAAAAAAUUUAAACAAUGAUUGAAGUGGUAGCAAAACUACCCCACGGUCAUGUUUUUCUAUCAGGUGAAACUUUAGAAUGUAGUGUGACGUUUAAUCAUCCACCUUCUCCGAAUCAUACUGUAUCUCAGAGUCAUAUUGAUGUCUUCGAGAGUUUAGCUUGGGCCUCAGCUCAAAUACAUUGUCACUGUUUCACUGAUUCAAAAGUUGCAAAAGACAGAGGAGGUGAAAAUGUCUCAAAUUUUCCUGGUACUGCUUUAAGCGUCAAUAUUAAUGAACAUGCUAAAGUAGAAGUAGCUACCAAACCUAAAAUACUUUUUUGUGAUCUUAGAUUAUCCCCUGGGCAAUCAAAAACUUAUAUUUAUCGAGAGAAGAUACCAAACGAUUCCCCACCUUCUUAUAGAGGACAAUUAGUUAAAUACUCAUAUAAAAUAACAAUAGGCACACAAAGAGUUAAUAGUCAAAUCAAAUUACUGAGAGUACCAAUUAGAGUUUUACCACUUUGCGAAACUUUAAUGAACGAUGCUGUAGCCAUGUGUAAUGAUACUACAGAAGAACUUACACCGGCAAAUCCAUUUUUAGAGAUUAGAAAAAAAGAAAGUCCUUUGGAGAUUGCACUACAAAGUCUACAAAAUAUAACAGCUAGAAGAAACCCAAACUCUUAUAUGAUAACAAACACUUGGGGAAAAGUAGCUAGAUUCUGCCUUUUUAAACCAUCUUAUAAACUAGGAGAAGAUAUUAUUGGCACUUUUGAUUUUACUGUAGCUACUGUUAGUUGUAUACAAGUAUCUGUAUCACUCCAAUGCGAAGAAAAGACAAAUUUAGAAAAUAGUGAAGAACCCAAGACAAGAAUUAUCACCUUUGGUAAUUUUCAUGAUGUAUGUUUAGGGUAUGAUUAUACCCAGCUUAUUCUACCCAUACCGCUACACGUUACACCCGAUUUUUCCACCAAAUUAGUCAGUCUAACAUGGAGGUUACACUUUGAAUUUGUUACAAGCACUAAUAAAGGGCUGUUAUUACCGUCAAAGGAAGAUACCGAAUGGCAGGCACCUUCAGAAGUUACAGUUGAAACUAUGGUUUGGAGUUUACCCAUUAAAUUAUAUUCAACAAUUCCUACACAUGUCGCACAAGGUGUUUUAUCCAAUAACGUGCAUAAGUUGACAAUUAGAUGAAAUGUUCAGAAGAAUACUGUUUUUAUUAAUAAAACUUUAUUGUGAAAAACAUGAAGUUUGUAUGGAUGAAAACUAAUUAGUGAAAUAAUAACAAAAUACUUUAUAAAUCAUAUUAUAAAAAAAAUAAAUGAACAAUAUGAAUUAA